AUGAGCUACAAGUGCAACGCCAGCGCGGUGCAGCGCGGGCAGCUGCUGGCGGCACUCGCGGCCUUCCUGGGCAGCCAGCGGCGCCUGCAGGUGCUGUCGCUGGAGAACGCCUGCCUGGGCGUGUCGGAGGCGCUGCGACUCCUGGGCGCCGCGGCGCGCUGCUCCAGCGCCACGCUCGGCGACCUGCGCCUCCACGCCGCCUUCCGCGAGUGGCAGGCACCCCACGCGUCGCCGAAGUUCUCGCGCGCGCUGCGGCGGCUGUCCCCGCUGUCCGCACUCAGCCUCAACUACCCCGCCCUGUCGGACGCCACGCUGGUGCUGCUCGCCGAGUGCUGCGGGCCGGCGCUGCGCUCGCUGUCCGUCACGGUGCGGGACACGGACCACCGCCAGCACGCCCUGUCCCAGGAGGCGUGGACCCAGGCCGCCGCCGCCUGCCCCCACCUGCGCGUCGUGCUCAACAUCGAGCACAUCGGCCACUUCGAGGACAUCUGCGUCCUGCUGCUCCCCGCCGUGCCCCUGUGCGGCUUCAGGCUGUACUCCGGCUCCGUGUGGGACCAGAGUCGGUCCAGGGCCUUCCGCGCGACGCUGCGCCUGCUCACGGCCCACUACCACCAGUCCCUGGAGUGCGUCCAGCUCAACCUCAAGAACAGCCGUGAGCAGCUGGACGACGUGGUCCUGGAGCUGCUGUCGCGCUGCCGCCGGCUGUCCUUCUUCCAGUUCGACGGCGUGCUUCGCCACCUGGACACGGUCAAGGACAUCUGCCGCCUGCGCUUGGAUGCGUCCAUCAACUUCCAGACGAUCCACGUGCGGCCCAAGAUCGCCAACAACUCCAUCCGGGCCGCCGCCAAGGACAUCGCGACCGCGUUCCAGGAGCCGCUCUCGCAGAGGACGGUGGACUUCAGGAUCGAGGUCCCCGCCCGGUGACACACAGAGUAGGGUGCUCACGCGCCCGGACCUGCCAUCAUGGCGCCUUCGUCUUGGGGAAUCGUCCCCCCGCGGCGGACCGUGCACCGUGUGCUAGUCCGCGCGGAGCUCCAGAUGGGUGGCGAGUCGUGACGUCACCAAUGAAGGAACGCCAAGAAGAAGUCUGUUCCUCCGCGAAAGCAAACGCCCAGAGCUGUGGUUGUGAUUGUACACACACGGGGGUACCGGUGUGACAAAAAUACUGGAGGAUAGAGCACUUAGCGAUGUAAUUGUUUUCAGUGAUUGUUCGUGCCUGCAUUUUCCGUUUAUUUUUGUCCCGUUCUAUGUAAUUUACUGCAGACAAUCGCCAUGUAUGGCUGUCUUGCGAAAGUCCUGCGGUUAUUGCCAGUUUUUAGACAGUGUAUUACUAAAGCUUGUAUUUUAUCAUUUAUCUAAACUUGCAACUUUUACUUAUCAAACGUUACAAAAUGCUGUGUAUCCACUUUUAUGUGCAACUGAUUGUGAAAUCAUACGACAUAUUCGAGGUCUAAGGCUGUGUUUA